AUGGCCAUCCAAAUUCCAAUCGACGCGAUCACCUCGCGUUUCGGUGACCGCUUCAGCUCCCUCCGCAGCCAGUCGCUGAGCACCCGUUUCGCCAAUCUGCGCCCCGUCUCCGAGUUUCUCGACCUCAAGCGCGUCUCCAAGCCCGCCAACUUCGGUGAGGUCCAAAGCCGCGUCAACUACAACCUGAGCCACUUCUCCAGCAACUAUGCCGUCGUCUUCGUUAUGCUCAGCAUCUACAGCCUGUUGACCAACCCCGUCCUGCUGUUCGUCAUCAUUUUCGCGACCGCCAGUGUUUGGGGCAUUGGUAAACUGGAUGGCCGCGACCUGGACUUGGGCUUCCGCCGCUUCAACACUUCGCAGCUCUACACAGCUUUGUUGUGCAUUGGCGUCCCUCUUGGUCUCUGGGCUUCGCCCUUCGCGACGGCCCUUUGGUUGAUCGGCGCAACUGGUGUGACCGUCUUCGGUCAUGCUGCUUUUAUGGAUAAGCCAAUCGAGAAUGCUUUUUCCGAGGAGGCGGUCUAG